GUCUUGCCAGACGCUGCGGAGGUGCUGGAGGCGACAUUCUGUACCGAGUCGUCCUGGGCCAAGGGCUAUCGUGUCAGAGUGCGCCAAACAGAUGCCAGUGAGGAGCUCUACUUUAUGAAAGUGUCAACCAACCAUCAUGGCAAACUGGCUGUGAUGAGCGAAUUCGAAUCGACGUCGACCAUCCACGCAAUCACACCGGACUUCUGCCCCAAGCCAAUCGGAUGCGGUACGUUUGAGGCAGAUGCAAACCUGCAUUUUUACGUCUGCAAGUUCUACAAUUUUGCGGAGGGCGUGCCCGAGCCCACUUCCUUCUGUGAGAAGCUGGCCCGACUCCAUUCAAGCAGCUCAUCGCCAGAAGGGAAAUUCGGCUACCACUGCGCAACAUACAACGGUGACCUUCCUCAGGAUAACACCUGGUGCAACAGCUGGGAAGAGUUCUUUGCCAAUGGGCUGCGCCACGUUCUCAAAGUCCGAGAAGAACGGGCUGGGCGUAAUACUGAGCUUGAGGAGCUUUUGCCUGCGCUCUUCGACAAAGUCAUACCCAGGCUUCUGAGACCUCUCGAGAGUAAAGGACGGACGAUAAAGCCUUCGCUUGUACAUGGAGACUUGUGGUGCGGAAACGCCGGCGUCAUUGACAAUGAGACAGGGGACGGUAUAGUUUUCGACCCAUCUGCCUUUUGGGCGCAUAACGAGUAUGAACUUGGGAACUGGCGCCCUGAGCGGAAUAAAUUCACCAGUCGCUAUUUCGAAGCAUAUCAUUCCAUCAUACCCAAAUCCGAGCCUGUAGAGGAUUACGACGACCGCAACGCCCUCUAUUCUACGAAGUUCGAUUUGCAAGCUGUGACAGUCCACCCGGACCAAAAAUGGUAUCUCCGCACGGCAAUAGACGAGAUUCGACGACUGGUCGAGGCGUAUCCUGAAGGACAUACAGAUAGCGGCUAA